CUUGCUCUAAUUUCAGUGAUGGAGAACUUCAUUUCUUUCGUCUUCUUUCUUUGUUUUAUCAUUUUACUCCACACACAGUGGAGGAAGAAGGCAAAAACCCGCCGGAAAGAGCCACCAGGGCCGUGGAAGCUUCCGAUCAUCGGAAACUUGCACCAAUUGUCAGCCUCUUCACAGCAACCCACCCAUCGUGUCCUGAGAGAGUUGGUAAAAAAAUACGGCUCCCAGGGCAUGAUGAAGCUUCAAAUAGGAGAAAUUAAUGCUGUGGUGGUAUCGUCGCCGGCGGUGGCUAAAGAGUUGAUAAGAAAUCACGACCUAACUUUCGCGACCAAAUGGCAGUCUCUGGCCAGUAAAACACUAUUUUACAAUGAUUUCGGCGUUGUUUUUAGUCCGUACGGUGAUUAUUGGAGACAGUUGCGAAAGGUAUACUCCACAGAGCUCCUCAACGCUAAAAAUGUCCGGUCGUUCAGUUCAAUCAGGCACGAUGAGAUCCAUUCUCUAUUGGCCGAUCUCCAUUCAUCAUCCGGCCAGUUGGUGAAUUUCACUCACAGAAUCUUCUUGCUUAUGUCCUCCAUUAUAUGUAAAUCUGCAUUCGGCAAGGUAUUCACCGGGAGAGAAGAGUUCUUAGAGCAAAUAAAGGAAAUAUCGGAGUUUUUGGGUGGAUUUGAUUUUGCCGAUGUGUUUCCGUCUUGGAAGGUUCUACACGGCCUGUGCGGCAACAAGAAGAGGAUCAUGAAAACUCGCCGUAAAGUAGACGGAAUUAUUGAAAACAUCAUAAAAGAGCACAGAGAGAAGGUGGAAAGUGGUGAUUGUUUAAUUGAUGUCCUCAUAACACAAAUGGAUAGCGGUGGACUAAAACUGCCCAUCACUCAUGACACCAUCAAAGGUGUAAUUGUUGAAAUAUUUGCAGCAGGAAGUGAUACAUCAUCAACAGCCACUGUUUGGGCAAUGUCGGAAAUGAUGAAGAAUCCCAGGGUUUUGGCCAAAGCACAGGCUGAGGUGAGAGAAGCUUUUAGAGGGAAAGAGAAGUUGGAGGAGGAAGACAUGGAGGAAUUAGCAUACUUGAAAUCAGUGGUGAAAGAAACUUUGAGGUUUCAUCCUCCGCUUCCCAUGUUAGUUCCCAAAGAGUGCAUGGAAGAAACUAUGGUGUGCGGAUAUACCAUACCGCUAAAAUCAAAGAUAUUGAUUAAUGUGUGGGCAAUGGGUAGGGACCCUCAAUACUGGGAAGAUCCAGAGAGCUUUAUACCCGAGAGAUUUGAGAAGAGUUCAAUUGAUUUCAUGGGAAAUCACUUUGAAUUUUUACCUUUUGGGGGCGGAAGGAGGAUAUGUCCAGGACUUGGGUUUGGUUUUGCCAACGCUUUGUCACCUUUGGCACACUUGCUCUUCCACUUUGAUUGGAAGCUCCCUUCUGGAGUUACUGCAGAUACAUUGGACAUGACGGAGAUGAAUGGAAUAGCUGUAGCAAGAAAGAAUGAUCUUUUCUUGAUUCCUACUCCCAUCCAUGCAUCUUCUUAAGUAAUAAUCAUAUCCCACCUACCUAGCUAGCUAGCAUGAUGGCUGGGAUAAUCUUUAGUAUUGUUUUACAAAACUGGUGCUGAAUUUAAGCAGAUUAUAGAUUCGCUGUUUAUGACUUUAUGUUCAAAUAAACAAGGAUGUCGCAUGUUGAAAGUUCGUUGCCAAUUAGCUACAAUGGAGUAAUAAAAUACUUUCAAACAAGAAUUCAAUUUUA